UUUGAAUAAGUCAUUUGGAUUCGAAUAAGUCAUUUGGAUUCGAAUAAGUCAUUUGGAUUCGAAUAAGUCAUUCUGUUGUAUUCGAUCAACACAAGAUGGCUAUCUCUACCACUACGAUUGCUGUGAUAGCGAUACUAUUGUUUCUUGUCUAUCAAUUAGGUAGAAUUGGGCAACGGCCAAAAGGAUACCCUCCUGGACCGCCAACGUUGCCUUUGAUAGGAAAUCUACAUCAAAUUCCAAAGGAAAAGCCGCAUCUACAGUUCCAGAAAUGGGCCGAGGAAUACGGGCCGGUAUACUCACUGAUUCUAGGAACGAAGGUCAUGAUCGUUCUCUCAUCAGAUAAGGCGAUCAAAGAUUUGCUUGACAAGCGAAGCACUAACUACUCCUCGAGAGCCGAUGUGUAUCUCGGAAGAAUAGUCAGCGGAAAUGAGCGAAUGCUCUUGAUGGAGUACGGCGAUAAGUGGCGUAUGAUCCGCAAGCUUGUACACAAUAGUCUCAAUAUCAAGGCCGCUCGAACAUACGUUCCUUACCAGGAUCUAGAGAACAAGGCAAUGCUUAAAGCUUUCCUCGAUGGCCCUAGUCAGUUUAUUCACCACAUUCGGAGAUACACUAAUUCUCUGUCGACGCAAAUGUUGUUUGGGUUCCGCACUGUUGACAAUAAUGACCCAAGGCUUAAACAGCUCUUCCGCAGCUUCGAGGGAUUCAGUAUUGUUAUGGGCUCGGAGGCUGCUGCAUUGCUUGAAGUCUUCCCUUUACUAAGAUAUCUUCCGGACGCUUUCCUACCUAUGCGAAGAUAUGCGAAGGAGUUGCACAAAGUAGAGUCUGCCCUAUUUCUAGGGCAUUACCGAGAAACCAGAAGGAAGCUCAAAGCAGGCGAAGCUAAACCGUGCUUAUGCGUCGACCUUGUUCGAGCCCAAGACAAGGAAGGUUUCUCUGAUCUUACUGCCGCUUAUGUCAGCGGGUCGCUGUUAGAAGCCGGGUCUGAUACGACGGCGGCCACACUAGUUGGAUGGGUUCAAGCAUUGCUUCUCUUCCCUGAAGUUUGUAUAGCUGGCCAAGCCGAAGUCGACCGAGUAUGUGGAGACCGGCUCCCGGACUUAAACGACCUUCCCGAUCUUCCUUACAUUCGUGGUUGUAUGAAGGAGAGUAUGAGGUGGAUGCCAACUGUCAUUCUUGGUGUGCCACAUGCUGCUGUUCAGGACGACGAAUAUAUGGGUUACAAGAUUCCAAAAGGCGCCGGAAUGAUGUGGAACGUCUGGGCGAUUGCGAACGACCCAAAGCGACAUCCCGACCCUCGAAGGUUCGAUCCAACUCGUUGGGCUGGCGAUAACCAGACGUCGGUAGAAGCCGCGAAUAAUCCGGACGCGUCUAAGCGCGAUCACUUCUUAUUUGGUGCUGGCCGUCGCCUCUGUCAAGGUAUGCAUAUCGCGGACCGAUCUCUUUUCUUAGCCAUGUCGAGAUUGCUUUGGGCCUUCGACUUCGAAAGACCAAUUGAUGGAAGUACCGGAAAGGAGAUUAUUCCCGACAUAGAAGCGCUAGUUCCGGAUGGCGGAACGUUCGUUCAGCCCGAACCCUUCGAUGCGGUAAUCAAGCCUAGGAGCGAGUGGAAAGCGCAGCGGGUCCGAGAAGAGUGGGCCAAGGCAACCGAACUUCUUGAUGAUGAAAUGCAAUGGAGGGCUGUCCCCGAGAAUUUAAUCUGGCGAGACUAUGAACCGACCGAAGUUGCGACAAAGGCUUGAUUAGUAAAAGGUGUGCAGUCACAAGCCUUCUGUUAGCUGCGUUAGAGAGGGAUUUCUUGCUGGAUUCACACUUGUAACAUAUUUAUUGGACGAGACCAUGGUUUGGGGGUCAUUAAUAUAUGCGUACAUGUACGUAAGAAGUUGGGAUGGAUGGAUAUUGAUGGAAAUGUGGAUGAAUAUGGAGUAGUGCAGAAGAAUAUGUAGAAUGAUGUAUCGAGAAUAAUACGAAGUACGUGGGCAUUAAGGGCAUUAAGGUGAUGAAGGUGA